AUGCUAUCAUCGAAGUCCACUUGCGCAAUCUUGCUAGCCUUGAGCUUUCUAUCGAAUAGAGCUCAAGGAUUUCUCGAAUCGGAAGGACAAGAAAUCAUCGGCUAUCGAACAGUUUUUAGAGAGGAAGCCGAAUUUAUCAAUUUUGUUCAUAGGCCAUAUAGAGAUGAUGAAUACGAUAACGAUGAUAUGAACAUCAAUGAAUUAGGGCAUGGCUUUUAUAUGACAAACGAGCCUGCUGGCUGGCAGAAACAUCCAAUAAAAGAUAAUUGGUUUUGUGUCAUCAGAAUGGAUAGUAAGACGAUUGCAGAUGCGGCCAAAAUAUAUAUCCCGGAAUCUUAUCAAAAACCGACCUGGUUUGGCGGGACUGAGUUAACGAACUUAUGGAGCGGAAACGAAAAAGUCAUCUUGGAAUAUAUUAAAUCGAUGAUUUCAACAGACCCCAAGGAGGCGUUGCGCUUCUCAUGGAUCCCAGAGACCGAUAAGCAGCAAAUGGUCAUUCCAACUGAUUAUUUAAAUAACGAUGCGUUAGAUAUAUGGGCUCAUUGCUAUGAAACAAAGGAAGAGCUAUAUAAAUAUUCAAGCAAAACCAUUGCUUGGGACAAUUGGAAGAUUACUGGGUCUCCUGGAUCGCCGAGCUCUCACUCUUCCAGUUCAUAA